GAGCGAAGUAAUCGACUAUUGUAACGUACAUUUCCGUGCAACUAUAUAGCUACAAGAAGUCAGAGAAGAAACUACCAUAAAAAGGCUUCAGAAGCGCCAUUUUCAAAUCUCGUUUUCAACCAAUAAAAACCCGUCAUUUGAAACAAAGCAGUAAGACUUCGCAACUUUCAAGAAUCAACGUGGCUGCUUACAGCAUUUCAAAUUCCAUCCAUUCAAUCAUGUUUAAGGAACUCCAGGAAUUGAAAAGGAAAAAGAAUGAGUCCAAUAUAGUCACAGAAAGUUCCGAUCUAUCUUCAAGUGACAUUCAUCAGGAUAACUUUCCCAACACUCUCUCUUUAAGUAAUGCACAAAGUGAAUCAAGCAAAAACCCAGGAGAGAAUCUUUCCCAUGAAUCCUCCCUUCAAGAAAAUGUAAGCCCAAGUAACUUAACACCAUACUUCAAUAAUGAUUGUAUUGGUGUAAACUAUGGUCCCGUGGAUUUUUUUGAUAAUAUAUCUGUGCCAAAUGUUAACAAAAUAAAAGACGACACUCCUCUUUUAACAUAUUUUAAUACUGAAAAUGAUGCAGAAAGCAAUGACCAAUAUAUAGGACAGCCAAAAUACUUUGAUAAUACUUCAGCAAAGUUAGAUAAUUUAUUUACUGAAAGUAAUCAAUCCAAUUAUACAUUAUUUCCCCAAGAUAUUAGAAACAAGCCAACAUCAUCCAAUAGUGAGAACAAUUCAAACAUGAAUGAUGAUGUUCUCUGUCAAGAUGACCCAGAAAUAAGGGAAAAUGAAAUUGCAGAGUACCAGCGAAGAGCUUCUGCCAUGAAUGACAUUAUUCAGGACCCAAACAUUAGUCAUAAUGUAGAUGACAGUGUUUCUUCUGCUAAUGAUUCCCGCCUUAUAAUUGAUUUAGACAACACUUCUUCUGUGGAGGAAAAACGAGAUAACAACACAACAAAACAAGAAAUUAGUCUCUCAACAGAUAUCGCGAGACAAGAAAUUCAACAUUCAAACGUGGAAAAUUUGAGGCAGAUAUCUGAUCAGCUAGCGCAAAUGAUAGAACCAAGUUGUGAAUUUUCUUCAAUGGGAUCAAUAACAGAUUUGGAGAAAAGAAAUUUAGAAUUGGCUGCAAAUUUAGAAAGGGAAAGAAUGUUUUCUCAACAACUGCAAGCUGCGAAUGAGGAAUAUCGAUUGCAUAUUCAUAAUUUGGAAUUGAGAAUAAAAGAAAGAGAUUCAAGUUCAGAAUUGCAGGCAGUUCAAGAAAUUUCCAGAUUAAAAGGUGAACUUCAAGCGCAUUUCCAAACCAUUGGAUUAUUGGUAGCAGAAAAAACUGAGCUUUCAGCCAACCUCAGUCAAUAUGAGGUGAAUUGGAAGCAGAAGACUGCAGAGUGUGAAGAUUUACAAGGGCGCUUAAAAGCCUCAAGAUCAAGAGUGUCAGACUUGGAAAGGGAAUUAAGCAAUAUCAAAGCUGAAAAGGCUAAAGUUGAAAAUAUUGGAGGACAAUACAAUGAGCAUUUGGAAAAGCUUAAGGAGGAGUAUAAGAUCAUAAAAGCACAAAAAGAUGAAUUAAUUCAAGAUUUAUUAGAGGCGCGAGAACGACUGGCUCAAACUUUGGAAGAAAAUCUGUCUCUCCAGCAACAGAAUAAAGAAUUGAAUGGAAAACUUUCAAUGGCAGAUAUUAAAAUUCAACAGUUAACAGUAGGUGGUCAAAUCAGCACUGAUAAUCAGAUUGAACAGUUAAUUAAAGACAAGGUUGCUUUAGAAAGUGAAGUGACUAAUCUAAACCAAAUACUUAAAUCUAUAAUUAAGGAGAGAGAUGAAUCAACUUCACAAUAUCAACAGUAUGCUCAACAGUUAAAUGGUCAAAUAUCCAACUUGUCUGAAAAAUUGGAGCAACUGCAAGUGGAAAAUGAAAAUUUGUUAACUCAAGAACAGAGUCGGAUUAAACACAUGGGGGAACUUGAAAGGCAACUACAAAUCCUCCAGGACAAUCAGAUUUUUUACACCACACAAAACGCCAACUCUGAUCUUAAAACUGAACUUGAAAAGUCUAAAGAACUCUGUGUGGAAAUGCAAAUAGAAAAAAGUGAAGCCAUUGACAAUUAUACUAAGGUUUCCAACGAAAAUGAGCUGCUGCUGAAACAAAUUGAAGCCAAAAAUGACUCUAUAUCUCAACUGGAAAACAUGGUGGAACAACUGAGAGGAAAUCAACCAGAUAGUGUAAAAUUAUUGGCAACGAUGGAAAGCGAUAAGGUUGCCGCUGCGCGGGCCGUACAGCAAAAUAAGGACCUUAAAAUGCAGUUGGAUAGCAUGCAAGAAGUUUUUAUGAAAUUGGAUAAUGACAAAGUCGAAUUAACUGAUAGAUUAAAUUUACAACAACAAACUAAUAAAGAUUUGAUGGAAAAGCUUCAAAAAACCGAGCUUCAUCUCCAGACGUUAGCCGAUGCCAUUGAAAUUAAGGAUCAAGAGCUUGUUCAUCUUCGAGAAGCUUCAGCAGAUUUUGACAGAGAUACUUUACAUUAUAAGCAAUUGGAAGAUAGGUUAAGACAUUAUGAAGCAACUGAUAACUCCUCAAAUGCUUUACAGCAUGAACUUCAGGAUAUGAAACAUACAGUUAUUAAACUUACAAAUGAACUAAACAAGAUGAAAAAUAAUGUUCAAAUUGAGCGACCGCCGGAGCUCUCCGAGUCGGAAUUAGGUGAAGCUAAGAAAAAAAUAAUAGAACUAACCAAGGAAAUCAAUAGAUUAAAAUCACAGAAAAAUGUUGACCUAAAUAUUGAAAAUAAAGAAGUUAAUGACUUAAUUACAAAUGAUUCCAAUCAAAAUAUGUUAGACAAGGAGAAUGCAAUGAAAUAUUUGGAAGAGAAAGUGAAGAGGACAAUGCAAGAAAUAGCAAAUUUGACAGAUGAGAAACAAAGGCUAGAACAUAUUGUUCUUCAACUGCAAGGAGAAACUGAAACGAUAGGUGAAUAUGUCGCCCUGUAUCAGCAUCAGAGAAUGGUUCUUAAACAAAAGGCGCAGGAGAAAGACCAGCAAUUAAAACAAUUGGCCCAGGACAGGGAACUGAUAAAGGGUAAAUUGGAUCGGCUUAAUCAGCUUAUCGAAAAACUGGUCAUAGAAAAAGGUGCCAUUCCGAAAGAACUCAUCCUACACCAAGAAUCGGUGAAUAAUCAAGUUGAGAGUCUUUCUGAAGAGCGUACUAGGAUUAACGACAAGAUAAAUAGCAUAACUUUUAGUGGUAGUGCACGAGCUGAGAAUACUAGUAUUCAAACUGCCGAGGAAAUAAUAUCUCUCUUAUCUGAAAUAAAAAGCAGUAAUUUAGUGCAGCCAAAUGAAAAUUAUCACCAUUGUCCUUGGUGUUCGGGGCAGUUAUUAACAGUUUGAUUUUAAUAUAACCGAUUUUGUAAAAAGAUAUAUUUGGUAUGGUGGUCAUGUUUAGAUUUUGUAACCAACGAAUAUUUUUAAAAUGAUAAACAUGUUUGUUUUGCUACAUUAGAAUUUGAAAUAAUUGCGACAUAUUUCAAAGUGCCUUCAGGAAAAAUUAAAGCUCUGGAAGUGUUGCUAAAUGGUUUUUUAUGAUUCCUGAUGAAGUUUUAUUUCCUCGUAUAUGUCUUUAAAAAAUAUAAGAGGUCAGUUUUUUUCCAUUUUAGUGGCAAUUUUGUUAUAUUGUAUAUUUGUUAAAUAAGGAAUGCUAUUUAAAUAUACUUAUCCUCUUCAAGUUGAUAUUUUUCUUAUUGAUUUCAAAGAUUUGAUGUAUAUAGGGUGUUUCAGUUUUGUGUCGCAUCAACUUAACAAUCGAAAGAACUUAAAGAACUUUCAAAAUUGCAACAUGUUCUUCUAAAUUUAGACGACCAGACCAUUUUUGUCGAUAAUACUUAUCCAUUAAGUUUCUUAUGACCCUGUAAUAAUGUACUGAAUAUCUAUCAAGCUCUAAUUAAAUUACCGCAUAUUCCAUAUAUUUGUAUGUUCUGCUUCUAAAAAUUCCAAAAAAAACUGCCACCUUCAACCUCUGAGAUAAAAAGUAAGAUUCUAAAAGAUCUUAUAAAUGCUUAUCCAGAUGUUUAUGAAAUUUCUGGUGUCAAUGUGCUGGAUAUCUAUCAACAUGGACUCAGGUUCGACUUAAAUUUCCGCAUAUUGCUAUGUUUCGCUUCUAAAAAUUCUAAAAAAACUGCCACCUCUGAGGUGAAAAGUAAGCUUCUAAAAGAUCUUAAAAUGCCUAUCUAGACGUUUAUGAAAUUUCUAGUCCAAUGCACUGGUUAUAAAAAUUUACAAUUCGAGGACGAGUAAAAUAGAAUUUACCUGUCCAUGAGAUUUCUUAAAAAUGAUCUAUUAUUUGCAGUUUCAUUAAGAAUUCUAUUCAUGCUGGGGUAGUAAUCCUCGAACAGACCUGUUAAUCUGAUCCUGAAUUUUCCGCUGAACUAAAGAGAUUACCACUACUGAAUUUAAUUUCUGAACACAUGUUUUAUUUAAAGACUAAAAUAUUUCGAAAAUUUUGCAAAAUUUGUUGCGAAAACAUGCCAAUCUCGGAAACUAGUUAAAUAUUAAGCGUCAGGAGU